CUGGUUCUUGGCCACCCCACCCACGCUUCGUUGGUUGGUGUUCUUGCCAUCAAUGGCCGCCGGUUUGAGUCUUACUGUUUGGUGCCUUGUCUCGGAAGAACGUUUGGUUCUUCUUGGUUGUGUCUUUGCGGGGAAUGUUCGUUGCUAACUAAUUCAGUAAUUGUGGUCGUACGGGUGAUUGGAAAACAAAAGAAAGCGAAGCAUCUCAGGGGUUGUUGAAUCUGGCGCUGUGCCAUCUUUAAUUGCGAAUUCGUCGAGAUGCGGAUUUGAUGUUAGGAAUUGGAGCCUAACUACGCCUUCCUGGCCGCUUCCUGCUCUUGAUUCUUGACAUCUCUUUUCCUCCCAUCUUGUACGGUUGCUUAGAGAUUCUUGGCAUUUUAUUUUCUUGGAAGGCGCAAUAGAUAAAUUCUAGAAGUCUAUUUGGCUAUUCUCUAAUCUCUAUAGGUAUUAAUUUUGGGGGAAUAUUUGUUGAAAUGUUGGUAGGGACUACGGAGGAUAGAAAAGAAAAAAAGAAUCCGGGGUUGUUGGAUUGGAUCCUGCGCCACCAUAUUUUAACUCCAAAUCCGUUGCGAUAAGUUUCGUUUUUUGGUCUUUGUUUCCUUCCUCUUUUUGCUGGAGCCGCCGAUUUGAUGUCUCACCAAGAGCAACAUCUCGGUUCUUGAGCCCAUAGCCUUUUUUUCAUCGCAAUUGGGGCUUCGUCGUGCCGGACAAGAUCUGCCGACUGAUCUAGCCUGCUGCUGCUGUGACACAAUGGCGACAUCCAAGAAGGAGCCUCUCAACCCUAGCAGAGACAGGACCACCAGGAUGUCACCGAACCUCAGGCCGUCCGGCACUGAGUCCUCUGGAUAUGGCUACGGUGCUAGGCGGGCACGGUCGGUCCCGAGCUCCCCCGACCGCAAAUUCGGCUCCUCGUCAUCAUCGGUGGCUGCCUCUGGCUCCCCAGAUGCCCAACGUCCAUCGUUGUCCAGCGCUGGCCGGUACGUAUCGUCACGGACCAUGUCCAGCUCAGGUUCACCCAUCCAUGGCAGCAGGGCCCAUCCAUUCCCUGGUGCAGCCUCAAAGCCCAUGCUGGCAAGGGCGAAAUCUGACAAGGUCAGCAGCACCUCGCAGCAGCCUCCAGGGCUUGCUGUGCCACCGAGCAAUUCCUUCAAGGACACGUCUAAGACAGCGUCCAAGGCGUCACCAUCCACCUUGCAGAGGAGUAAACUGUCUCCAAGGCCUUGUGCUGACAGUAGCAAGGCUACAGCAUCUCCCAAACCCAGCAGUCAGAGGAUGGCGUCGCCAGGAGCUGCACGUGGAGGAAGAGUUCAGCCGGUAUCCACUGCAUGCUCACCGGGUGCAGCUGCAAAGAAGAGAUUGGAUGCUGCUAAUGGUGCUACUGCCAGCUCAAAGGCAAAAAGUGUGUCUCAGAAGGCAAUGGGGGCAUCUGCAAGCAGGAAGGAGAAGGAAGAGGAUCCAUCGAUGCAGUUCAAGGAAACUGAGAGCAGAAGCACCCCAACCAUAGAAGAGCACUUGCACGAGCAGCUCCCUGACCCGGUCAACCUGAAAUCCAUGGAUGAGGUUGUACCUGAUGAGCAUGAGCCAUCUUCUAAUCAACUAGAGCAACAAGUCAAGAAUGAGGAGGAAGUCAAGGGGCACUUCUCUGAAGAGAAAGAAGAUGCAGGAGGCAAUGAGCUGCAUAACGGAGGACAAGAUGCUAAUGGCGGCGUAAAGACUGUUGAUGAAUCUGGGCUUGUUGAGAAGGAGGUGGCCAACGGGAGUGCGGACAAGGCAGGGCCACUGCCGAAUAUGACUGAAGUGGCUCAGGUAUUGAGGAAGGAUGAUCCCAAGGGCAAUGACGUGAUCGAGGAAGCCAAAAGCAAGCUCCUGGGGGAGAGGAAGAGCAGGGUCAAGGCCUUGGUAGGGGCCUUCGAGACAGUCAUGUCCUUCAAGGAGUAGUGCUGAACCUCAUGUUUGGAUCCAUCCUGUCCAUCUCAGUGUUGAGUACAUCCUGUCAUGAAUAUAUAUGUGAUCACGAGGAGCUGAGUGUUUAUAUGAUGAUUCCCUUGGUUCAUUGUACUCGAUGUUAUGUUUCUUUUUCUGAAUGAUCAACAAAUUCAAUGUGGAUUUGUUUGUUUGUUGCUUUUAUUGAUGUAGAGUUGAAUGAAAUGCUGGUGCUUAUUGAGAAA